UCGGUUGGAGGUAGAUUUUGUUGCAUUCAAUGCCCAUGAAAGCUACAAAUUUUCUCCAGCCUCCCGUCACAUAAAAGACGUGGAUGCCACUUUCCAGUCGGUGGAGUAUCAACUUCCCAAGAUAAAUACACUCAGAGCUCUUCGGUCAGUCUCUCUCGAUCUGAGCUCCGAGCAGCUUUCUGGUUCUCACGGUCAACCACCAUGAUGGGUCUCCUCUGGUGCGCUGUGAUGGCGAUGGCCGUUGCGCUGGCCUUUGCGCAUCCCAAACAACCUUCCACAUACCAUCCAGACGAUGUCACUUAUCCCGGCUCUGUAACUGUUUUCACUGUUCCUGCCGCUUUCCCAACUUCAGUGUUCUCAAGCUACUAUGUCAAGCCAGGUCCAACAAACCAGCCGCAACCCGUCUUAUACGAUCCUGUUCUGAAUAUCACUUUCCCAUUCAAUCUUACGGACCCAAAGCACGUCCCGGAUUCUAAUGAUGACCCGGUGAUCUUUCCUCAGCCCAUCGCCAAUAUCUCAGAUGCCACUGGGGAAGCUAUCGCGUCAGCAGCUGUCUCUGAGGUUUCGCGAAUCUUCAAGAGCAACAAUACCGGAGGAUCGAAUACAUGCUCCAAGUGCAUUGCCGCUCUGGCGGUGGGCCAGAUGGUAGCAAGAUUGGCUCCCACUCACUUUCCAAGCGGCAUGGUGUCGCUAUGUCACUCGCUCAAGUUCAGCACAUACAGCAGUUGCGAACUCACAUAUGGUCCCAACGGUUCCGGCGCUUCGUGGGCACAGAUACUCGCAAAGGCCGAUGUAGCGGGACUUGAUGGAAAGUACAUCUGCUCGUAUCUUCACAAGAAUGUCUGCGAGUAUCCCACUGUGACUUCCGUCAAGGCCGUAUUCCCCAAGCCCAAGCCUAAGAAGCCUGCUGAGCCUCGUCGGAGUGGGAAGAAGGUCAAGGUGUUACACCUAUCAGAUCUACAUCUUGACCCUCGAUACAGCGUCGGAUCUGAAGCGAACUGCACAUCCUACAUGUGCUGUAGAUACUCUGAACCACCCUCAAACGGUACGGUCCCCGAGAUCUCCGUAUCGGCUCCUCUUUUUGGCUACUACAAAUGCGACUCCCCUUUCUACCUCGCCCUGGCCGCUCUGCAAUCCAUUGGUCCCUUGACGGGCACUUCCGCGAAGAACCCACCCGCCUUCUCACUCUACACAGGAGACUUGAUCGCCCACGACGAUGAGAACCAGGCGUCGCGCGCCUACGUCGAGGCCACCGAAGUUGCCAUCUGGGAGGCUUUCAAGGCCUAUAUCGGCGGACCUAUCUAUACUGCUCUAGGGAACCACGACACAACCCCAGCCGACUACGAAGCCCCUCACGCCAUCGACAACAAUUCCACCCUAGGCUCUCAAUUCUCCUGGAACUACGCCCACGUCUCCUCCCUCUGGGCGCACUACAAUUGGCUCCCCUCUUCCGUCGCCCAACAAGCCUCUACCCACUACGCCGCCUACGCCGUCUCCCCUCCCCACCACCCAAACCUGAAAAUAAUCACCCUCAACAGCGACCUCUACUACCAGCACAACCCGUUCGCCCUUUUAAAUGCCACCAACCCCGACUACAGCGGCAUGUUUUCUUUCCUGGUCACCGAACUCCAAGCCGCCGAAGACGCCGGCCAGCGCGUUUGGAUCGUGGCGCACAUUCCUACCGGCUGGGACGGCGGGAGCGCUCUCCCAAAUAGUGCGGAUUACUUUUACCAGAUUGUGGAAAGGUACUCGCCCCAUGUGAUUGCGAAUAUUUUCUUUGGGCACUCGCAUGAAGACCAGGCCACAAUAUACUACCGUAACAACGGCACGGCGCAAACUAAAGAAGAAGCGCUGGUGACGGGCUGGGUCGGUCCCAGUUUGACACCGUUGCAGAACUUGAAUAGCGGGUAUAGGAUGUAUGAGGUGGACACGGGCAGUUGGGAGGUUAUGGAGGCCUUUACGUUCUACAGUGAUGUUGGGAGUUAUACCAAUCUUUCAUCAUCCGUUGACGGAGAAGGAGACGGAGGACAAGGAGAAGGACCGGUCUUCAAACUAGAGUACUCAACUCGUGCUACCUAUGGGCCGGCGGUCAACUGGCCGAGCGACGCACCGCUUAAUGCCACGUUCUGGCAUGGGGUGACGGAGGCGAUGGAGCGGAACAGGACGCUUGCUGAGCUGUUUACGCAGUAUCAGGGGAAGAGUAGCGCCAAGAGUAAGAAAUGUGAGACGGAAGAAUGCACGAAAGCGAAAAUCUGCUAUAUGCGCAGUGGGAGCACGGCGCUGGGCAAGCAGUGCAAGCAAGGGUAUGGGAGUGUGCAGUAAGGCAGUGUCGGCUCUUUGUGGUGCGGCUGGGUAGCUAGAAUGUUUUUUUUUUUUUUUUUGAGGGAAGCAAGGUAAUAAUUAGG